AUGGCCCGACCUCGAGCAACGAGCUUGCCUGUCCGCUCCUCUUCCUCCCUCUCCUCCCUCUCCAUUGAUACUCAAGAUACAGCCGAACCACCGUCACGCAUCUUCAGUGAAAAAGAGGAAUGUUGCAGCCCUGUCAACAGCUAUGACCUCGAAAACCAUGCCCUCCCUUCCUCCCAACCGACCACUGGCCGGCGUGUGUGGAUCCUCGCACUAGCGCCUCUGUUCCUCCAUUUUAUCCUUGUACUUGCUAUAACCGUUAUCGUCAUGUUUUACAUCGACCGCCAUGAUUUCAACUCCCAAGUUCGACGGCCUCGGAUCGUCGUAUCGAAUGAAACCAGCCUAGACCAAAGGGCUCCAUUCGGUCCCACCCAAUCAGACGUCAAUACAUUCCUAUCCUCGGCGCUCGUCAUAUUGAGAAUCGUUACCGGGAUGUGGUGUGGUGCUCUAGUAUGGCGUUGCGUUUUCAUAUUGCUAGAAAAAGAGGGUAUCACUCUCCAUCAGAUCAAAAGGAUGAUCUCUCUCGGCCUUCCCCCUCUCUCGCUAAGUUCACCCAAACAUUCUUCCAACUCGAAUUCUCGCGGCUCAAAGCGUGCGACUCCCACCAUCCUCGUAGCUAUCAUUCUCAUCCUGGCGAUCCCAUACCAGUUCUCCUCUCCUAUCCUUACAGGUUCCAUAGUUUGGGCCCCGUCAUCCAUUUAUGUCGCGAGCGACGUACUCGUGUCGGGCGUUGGUACGCCAGGUGAUGGAAGAUCAUGGAGAAAUUAUUGUAUGUGGAUCGAAGCGUUCACCUCGCAAGUAACCUCUGCUGCAGGGAUUGCUAGCAAACUUUGGGGGGCUACGGCCGAUACCUCAGCAGCCAAGAGAUAUGUCUCUGCCACCCAGGAGCUUCCCGUCAACUCAACGUUGAACAACGUCACUCUCCCAUACUUUAAUAUCAAGUCCAUGGAGUGGGUAAGGGACCCGAUAGCGAACGGGAGCGACAAACAGUUGUUGGCCACCGAGAGGUUGGAUUUCAAUCCAUUCGUCAACGUGACGACGACGACUGUUGGGAUUCUACAAGACGCUUGGGAGUUACCUGAGGAUAGACCGUUUCCGGAACCAGUCGAGAUCCUAGAGGAGACCAAGUUGAUGGUUUUCGUGUAUUAUCAUACACAGGGGAAGGAAACGGAGUGCUCUUCGCCAACAUUUGGGCCUUUGCCCGAACAUAUUGGGGUGUUUAAGAAACUCAUUACCACCGACAACACUUGUUAUUUGUUCGCGUGGGUGACAUAUGAAGCUGGUGCAGCUACUUGCAGGGACUGUAGGGUUUCGUCGCCUGGAAUCGUGGAGAGUCAAAGGGAUAGCCCAUCGAUGGAGAUCAAGAAGGAUCCGAUGACCCUUGAUGCACUGUUACUGUUACCGCAGGUCUCGACGUCCAUGGCGUUAAUGAACGUCUCACUACCUCAACCUUUCGGAAACAUAGAGGCAUAUGCGAAGGCAUUACUGGUGCGAUCUUACGAAGCUGGUUGGAAUGCUCUGACAACAGGGUUGAGAGCGAAUGAACCAGAAUUCUUAACGACAGGAGUAAAGGUUUCGAUCCCGAUGUCGCAGGGAAUCGUCAAGUCGUGGAGGGUAGCAGUUUGGGUGGUGUUGAAUUUUCUUUUGACGAUAUCGGGGUUGCUGUUUGUGUUUGUUCAAACGGGAUGCAAGAAAGAUAUGGUGGCAGAUACGACGAUGGCGGCGUUGUUGUUGGAUAUGACAGAUGUGGUCAAGAAAGGACCGCCGAGAAUGGGGGAGACAACCAAGGUUGGGCGGAAAGAUUCAGAUUUGGUAGGGAAGGUGAAAUUGUGCGAGAGGAAGGGCAGCUAUUCGGUUAAAGUAGUCGAUGAAACUAGAAUGUACGAUACUCUCGAGAGGUAG